UUUACAUUUUAAAAAAAGGAUCUGGCAAGCAUAGACAUACAUUAUUUGGUAUAUUUUAAAAAUUGUAUAGUUUUUUUCUGCGCCAUGGGCACACCAAUCGCGAUGCUGUUUUCCCGGUGUUUACCUUUUGGAAUCCAAGCAUUACAAACGUGUAGGAUGGCUUAUUACGCCGUGUCCAGCGGUCGGCGAGCAGGAGUAUACGAGACGUGGGCGCAGUGCGAAGAGCAGGUGAAGGGAUUCAAGAACGCCAAGUACAAGAAGUUCAAAACUCGACAGGAGGCGGAGCUGUUUGUAAAUCCCACAAAAUCGUACGCACCCCAUGAAUUGGCUGUUCCUCUUGGUGCGAAGCAAGCUCAGCCAGCGAGCUGGAAGACCAAAGUGGAGAAGAUAGAAAAACCUAAGUACACCGAAGCCUGGCCUGAUGAAGAUCAUGAUCUGGCGGAAGAUGAGCUGAAUGCAGCUAUGAAUGAGGUGGAAGGAGAUCCACGACCAUCUGGCAGUGAUACACUGUUACAAGCAACCUACAGAAAACGGCGGGCCAAUGAAGAUGAGGAUCGGAAAAGCAAGAUUCCCAGACAUGCAUGUCAGGUUUCAGAAGCAGCAGGCAUGAAGCACGUGGGCGCCUUUCAAUUCGAAAUAGAUGCAGAGGGCUAUGUAAUAGUAUACACCGAUGGAUCUUGCAUUAACAAUGGUCGUCCAGGAGCUUGUGCUGGAUAUGGCGUUUAUUUUGGACCCAAUCACAAACUAAAUGCGGCAAAGCCCGUACAAGGACGCGUCACAAAUAAUGUGGGUGAAAUACAGGCGGCCAUACAUGCCAUCAAAACCGCUUUAGAUUUGGGAAUCGAAAAACUGGCCAUCAGUACGGAUUCUCAGUUUCUCAUAAAUUCGAUUACUUUGUGGGUGGCAGGUUGGAAAAGGCGCGACUGGAAGCUCAAAAACAAUCAGCCGGUAAAAAACGUUGUAGACUUUAAGGAACUGGACGCUCUGCUUCAAAAUAAAAGUCUUAAAGUUAAGUGGAAUUAUGUUGAGGCCCAUAAAGGAAUCCAGGGAAACGAAAUGGCUGACAAAUUGGCACGGGAAGGAUCUGCCUUGUACAAACAACUGAAGUCUUGAUUAUAUGUAUUUUUAAAAUUACCGCGUAGUUUUCUCCAGUACGGCAACGUCAAAUAAAUUUAAGAAAAGUGGCAACAUCAAA